AUGAACGGAUCUACGGAUCUAUCUAUCUAUCUAUCUAUCUAUCUAUCUAUGUAUGUAUGUAUGUAUGUAUGUAUGUAUGUAUGUAUGUAUGUAAGAACGCAUCUAUCUACCAAUCUACCUAUCUAUCUAUUCAUGUAUGUAUGUAUGACGGUAUCUAUCUAUCUAUCUAUCUAUCUAUCUAUCUAUCUAUUUAUCUAUCUAUCUAAUAUCAACAGAGGCAGCGGUGGGCAACGAAGAAGAGGAACUCUGGCCUCAAACGCGACAAUAACGAUGACACGUAGCAUGACCCUUAGGUCUGUGAUAGGCGUCUUAGAACAUUCAUUUUCUUCUUAUUCUUCACAUUUUCUCUGUCUCCUUUUUCUUAGCGAUUCCCUCUCCUAUUUCUUUCUCCCUUUAAUUAUUUUUUUUUUAUUUCUUAGUCUUUUCUCUGAUUGUAUUUAUUUACUUUUUCACUUUCCUUCUUUAGCGUUUUCCUCCUGUUCUUCUUUGCCUUCUUUAUCCUGCCUAUUCUUCCAACCUUUGACCAUCAUCUUCUCCUUUAACAUUACACUUCUUUCUUUACUUUCUUCUUUUCUCUUCUUUUCCGCCUCAGCUUUCUUUUUGACUAUUCUGCCUUAG